GAUGGCACCUGCUCGUAGCUGUAGGUCUCUGUCCCCACCUCUAGUGGGCCUCUAGUCUCUGUUCCCCUGUCCCUCCCCCCCAAUCUCCCUCACUCAUGCCCCCUGAGGCCCUGUUCCCUCUUGUCCCCAUUGGGCAGGGCUCCUGCCCCCGGUUGCCCUGCUGGGCUGGGGGAGGGUUGGGGUGUGGGUUCCCAGCAUAGCUGGGUCCUUAAGUUUCCCAGAAAGUAAUCUUCCCCCCUCCCCCCAGCGCACACAUUGUUCCACUGUCUGGCUGUUUUUUCCUGUCCAGGACCCUCCAAGGCCAGGCCAGGGCUGACUGGCAGUGACUACUGCCCUGCCCUCUGCAGGUGGGGAAACUGAGUCAUGGGGGGUAUAUUAAGGGGAUAGAAUUCCUUGUGUGUCUGCUUGCUCCCCCAGCCUAGCUUGGGACUUGGAGGUGGGGGACAAGGGGGGGGGAUGUCCCACCUUAGGGCAGCAGGGCCUCCCCGCCUCCCGUCUUUACAGAGAUGGACUCGGAGGCCCCACUGACUGCUCCCCAGGGGCUGUGUGUUCACCCUCUGCUGCAGGCGUGGCAUCUACAUCUGACCCUUCCUCAUGGCCUUGUGCACAGAGUCCCUGGUCCCCCAGGGUGCUCUCCACAGGACCUGCAUCACCUAAGCCACCGUGACGUUCCUUUCUGCGGCCCUGGUUCCACCUGCUUCAGUGCAGAGGGAACCCCAGGCCUGGUGGCACUUCACACCCGUCUGCACCUAGUCCUCCUCCAGGAUGGUGUCCGACCGCGGUGCUAGGGCCCAGACUCCCUCUGUCUACAACCUGACGCGGCUCCGCUCGCUCCCCGCAUUGCCCGACCCACGAAGGAGCCUGGCCCGGGAGACCUCAUGGUCCCCAACGGGUUGAGGUUGAGGUUGAGGUCACAGGAGCCCAGCGCCUUCCUGCCCCCACCCCUUUCCUGGAAGCCCUAAGCUGUGUCACCACUAGCAGGUGUCAGCUGCCCCGCCCCUCUUCCCUCCGCCUUAAAGGGGUCCCUCUCCCGAGGCCUCCCAGGGUCAUAGCUCCGCCGUGUGACCGCACCCGCGAGGCCUCAGAAGCCAAGGAGCAGGACGUGGGGAUCCGGGUUCUAAGCCUCCCCUUCUGGCGUGGUGUGGCCUCGACUCUUGGCCGCAGUUUUCCCCGCCUGGGCAGUGGGGACUGGCGCCCAAGCGGGCCUCCAGGGGACUGUCGGACUCGGGAAGGGGGCGGAGCCGCACCCCGGAGGGGCCACUUCAAGGCACAUGGGUUUCGAGGACCACUCCCGGCCCCACCCCACGAUGACUUUCCACAUCCUCCUGUUGCUUCUCGCUUCCUCCGUCCUGGGGGACCCGGACUCCGUGGGCAGGCAGCCCCGGCACCGCAGGCGCCUCUGUUCCCUGGGCACAUGCCAGACCCACCGCCUCCCAGAGAUGAUAUACUGGCUCCGCUCCGCCUCCAUCAAGGAGCACUCAGGGAAGGCCGGCCGCGAGCCCCAGGACCCCCACAGCUACGGGCGCCGCCGCCGGCGCGAGGCCAGGGUCCUGCUCCGUCUCCAGGACCCUGGCCUGAAGAAAAGAGGCCAGCGCAGUGCCCAGCUUCCUGGGUGACGUCGGGCACGUCCCUGGCCCUCCCCUGGCCUCAGCUUACCCAUCUGUGUAUUGGGGCCACGACCCCAAGUUUCUUUUCCCCUAACUCCAUCUCCUGGGCUCACUCAAAAACUGUCUCCCCCCGCUGUGAUCUGGGCUGGACCCAGGGGCACACCGGACCCAGCAUGUACAAAGAAUACUAACGUCCCGAGCCUAA